AUGUCUGGACAGCCCGCCACCUCACACACGCCGCAACGGCAAUCGCGACGACACAACAACUUCAAGGAAAACAUCAACUUCUUCGAGCCCGGCAAGCAAGGUCGUCGCACUGGUCUCGUCCUGAAAGACUCUGGUGUCCGCGACGAACACGGUCUCGAGCCCGUCAGUGGCAUCUUCUCCUCACCUCAACCUACACCGCAACAGCCAUCGCCCCAACCCUCUCCCCUCCGCUCACCUCAGCGCCAACAACCAAAUGGUAACGACACCGCGCUAGGAUCCUCGUCUAUGCUUCUGCAAGACAGCUCCAUCCCGGAAAUCUCCGAAACACUCAACCUUCGCAAGACUCCCCAUCUACCACCCAAGGCUCAGACUCCGCGCCGUUCAAACAUCCAGGGCUCGCCCCUUCGUCACUCAGCCAUCAAGCCCGCAGACACUCAAUCAUCACCCCAAGUCCCUUCGACGACACGUACAAGUAGACGUCUUGAUUUUGCGAACAAGCAGCAGCCGACAGUCGCUCCUAGCCCGAGUCCUUUCAAGCCGCGUUUCGGAAAGUCGCGUAAGAGCGUCUUUGACCUGCAGCAAUCUCCCGGCAGGCCUGAACACAAUCAGCGAGAUGACGACGACCUCGACAAUUCCGUUCAGCAAGUCCAAGAUGCUGUCAAUGAGCUGUUCCAGGAUCAUGUUCAACAAGAUGAUAUCCUCUCCUCGGCACGCAGCACCAGAUCGCAAAAGCGCAAACUCUCAAAUCCGUCCUCGCCCGUCGUAACACAACCUCGGUCAGUCUCAAAGUCCAACAAGCGCCCAAGGACGAGCCUCGUACAUCAGCAAGAUCAGACAGUCUUGGAUCACACCGUCGCGGACCAGACAGCGAUAGAUUACACAACCGUCGAUCAGACAGUCAUGGACCACACAGAAUUGCCUGACCAGACCGACGCCGACUACACGUAUAUCACCGUAGACCAGACAGAAAUGCCCGAUCGGACAGAGUUGCCCGACCAGACAGAACUCCCAGACCAGACCGAAUUGCCUGACCAAACGGAACUCGUCAACCAGACUGAAGUCAUGGACCAGACCGAAGCGCCAGAAGAGACGGGAAUUGAAUAUACUUGGGUCGAUCAGACGGUCUUCGACCCUACAGCGUACGAUCAGACGGUGGCAGAUGAGACAGAGAUGGAACCGACUUUAGCAGAUGAGACGGUCAUGGACAAGACGGAUGUGACGCGUUUCUACGACCGCACAAUGGCAGACAUCGCCGAAGAAGACAUCGCAGAAACGACAGAGCUUCCCGAUGAACCUGUAGUUGAAGCGUCUGCUCCUCUUUCAACAAAGAAGAAGAGGCCAUUCGAAGUACGAAAAGACGCCCAGCCUCACGAGGAUGAUGCGAGCGAUCACGAUCAAGAACUCCGAUUAUCUUCACCUUCACAUGCCGCCCAAGACUUCAUUCCUCCACCCGAAGAUGAUGUACAGGACGAAUCCGAACACGAGCCUCAGCCAGAACCCACCAAGAAGCGCGGGCGCGGCAAGAGCGCAGCAAAAGCCAAGGGAAAGAAGAAACAACCAUGCGCCAGCGUCGAGCCACGUCCAAGAACAUCAAGAGACAGCGAAUCUGUCGGUCCUGAUGGUCUUAAGAAACCCGGUCCUAAGUCGAUAGUAAAUCUUCGCGCCGGAACUCCCGCUGAGGACGAAGGCGCCAAAACUACGAGAUCUGGCCGUACAUCGAUAAAGCCGCUGAAAUACUGGUGCAAUGAGACGUACAUAUGGAACCAGGGUGAAGUGGAAGGCAUUGUUCGUGCCGAACCUGUGGAGCAACCGAAGCCAAAGCGUGCUGCUCCGUCGAGAAAGAAGGGAACGCGCUUGGGGCCCAUCAAGGAAGACGAAGAGGAGGACGAAGAUUUAUUGCCAGAAGCCUGGGAGCAGGAACUGGGUGUUAUCAACAGCACAGUUCGAGCUUGGGAUCCUAGAACCGGCACUGGCAGUACUGAAGUCGAAGGAGUGAAUGAGGACAUUGCGUUUGCAUCUACAGCCAUCAAAACACAAGACGUCCACGGCUCGUCAUUUCGCUAUGCGAAGGUUAUGACCCUUCCAUUCUUCGGAUCUGGCAUGGUGGAAAUUCCACCAGACGGCUAUAAACGCAUGAAGAAUUCUCGCAAAAUGCAAAUGGUGUUUUUUGUGCACGAAGGCAAAGUCACGGUUGAUAUCGAAGACGUCCAGUUUGGUAUGACCAAAGGUGGUGUCUGGCAGGUACCGAGGGGAAACAACUACGCCAUUAUGAAUGAGAGUUCAACCCACCCAGCCAAAAUCUUCUUUGCCCAAGGGUGCGAGAUGCAGAGUCAAUUCGAGGAUGGGGAUAGGGAUAGGCAGUCGCAGUCGCAGUCGCAGUCUUGA